UUAUUUCCAAACAUUAUAUCAACCUAUAACGUCUACGUUAGUGUGUAUACAGUUUUUUGUCUGAAACAAAGACCGUUGAUUUUUAGUUAACGAAUCCUUCACGAUUUCUCCAGACACACCUUUCAAUACAAAUAGCAAACGAAGGUCCUCUUUCUCCUCCAAAGCCAUAGCCAAAAAAUGAAGGUUUCUAGUUGCCAUGGCAUUGCACACAACCUCUACCACCCCUCUCUUGGUUUGAGCAACAUCAACAAGAGUCACAUGGUUUCAUGUAAAAAUCCUUUAACUUUGAAGGAGAGCACUACUUUUUGGCCAAACCAUAUUUCAUAUUCAGCACAGCAAAUGAAGGGUAGUGGGAGUUUUGUGGUGGGUUGUGGAAGUUGGAGUGUGGUGAGAGAGUUGGAGAAAGAGUUGGAAGCUGAGAUGGAGAAAAAGGAAGGUGGAGAGAGUGUAAUGGGAAGGUAUAGGCACAAAUGUGGGGAAGGGAAAGGGAUGGUGGAAAUGUUGGAGUGUUUGGAGAAGGAAGCUAUUAUGGGUGAAGAUGAGGGAAAGGACCCUAUGGAUUAUAACCGUAGGGCUCACAUAUUUGAUGCAAGCUCUAGAAUCUUUCAAGCUUUGAAGGAACUCAACGACAAAACCCUGUGACUGUGAUUUUACAUUUUGCAGUUGAAAUAAAUAAAGCUAUCAAGAGAUUAAUGACCAAUUGUAUCUUGAUUAGUGGGCUUUUUUGUGUUACAUUACCGUGUACACAUGGAUAAUAAUAUCACUACACUUAUUGUUUAGA